AUGGAGGACAUCAUACAGCUUAAUUAUGACUAUCAGAUACUGAUCUGCCGGCUAUGUCAAGCAGCCGUUCGGCCGGGCGCUGGCAUCGAGUCACACUUCCGACAUGAGCAUCAACUGAAGGGCCAAGUGCUUAAGGAUAUCAAGGACUAUUUUGGCAUAUUGGAACUAGCUGACCCGAAACUCAUUGCAGUACCCGAAGAUAACAGCCCGGCAAUUGAACAUCUUGCUAUUUCAGAUGGAUAUAGCUGUUAUGCAUGCCGAUAUCUUACUAUUGCACGGGAUAAUAUUGUCCGUCAUUGGCGAGAGGCAGGGCAUGGUGCAGUAGAGGAACGAUGGACUAAAGUGCGGCUACAGACGUGGAUGCGAGGAAGGAGUCACGCGCGCUACUGGAUCGUUCGAGAUGACAGCGAUAUCGACGGCCCGGCUGAUACGGCUAACGCAGCUGAUGCUAGAAGUCAGAGCGCUAUGGAUGAGCUCAUUGCUGCAAGUCAGGCCCGAUUGAAAGAGGAAGACGCCGCACGACUACGGAAGGGUGACUUGAAGGAAGAUAUCGACCGUGAUUCGCCGUGGGUCAAGAGGCUAGGCUGGGUACGACACUUUGGCUCCCGGGACUUGAUCAGUAUUCACGAUGCAGCCCAGUGGCUACGGGCGAGGGCAGCAACGGGCAGGUGGGUUCAGAAUCAAGAAGAUGAGGAAGCAGCUCGCGAGCGACUAUUACUCAGCCGGCUCGGACAGAGCUUUGAUCGUGAGGUGGACCGUUGCUGCUGGCGGCUCGAUAGCGUGCCGACCGAGACGUUGCAGUGGCUCGGCAGCAUCACAUCAAUGACCCCAAGCGGCGUGCCGUUUGGCCGUAAAGGCAAGGAAGAAUCGAUGAGCCAGUAUAAGUCUGUCGGUCACCGUUACUUAAGCUUCUGCUGGAAGGCAUACCGUAUCGGGCGGAAGGAAGCGUUUAAAUGCUGGGCCGUUCGCUUUACGGAUGAGCAGUGGAGCUUAUUGCAUGAUGUCGCUGAAGAGCUCGAGAGUGAUAGGGUUCGAAGCAGUCAUGACAGCGGAUUCUUCAGCGGCAGAGAGAGACAAGCUAAGGAUGAAGACGAAGACGAAGACGGGGAUGGAGACGGAGACGAAUAUAAAGACGAUGAUGAUAGUGACGAAGGCGAGCAAGGGGAUGAAGGUAUGACUAGCCCGCUGCAGGAUGCACUAGACCGAGCCGUCUUCCGGUUUAUCGUGGCUUCGAUCAAAACUCACGUUGGCGGAAACACAUAUACGAAUUCGCUACUGUCCUUCUGUGCGGCACUUGGUAUCAAACCACGCCCGAUGGGCUAUAUAGAGCCGCAUUUAUAUACUGGUCUGCUAGCUGCUAUAGUAUGGUGGGCCCGGCUGUUCUUUUUGGAGGCUGCAUUUGAGAAUCAGCCGCUAGAUCGGGACGAGGUCGGGGUCGAGGCCGUACUUGCAUUUCAAGAGCAGCAUACAUCGUGGAUGUGUAUGGGCACUCACACUGUCAUGAGCACGAUCAUCGGAUGGAUGGCAUACGGGAAAGGGUACCGGCAGAAGAUGGGGGGGCAGCCGUCGAUACGAUGGUCCGAGGACGGAGAGGGCUUAUUUCACAUGGGCGAGCAUAUCAGCGUAGAGGAUUUCACCCGCACACUGCGCGAUGAGGUGACCGAGGCAGAGAAGCUACUGGAUAAGCUGUUCGGGGGGGUGUGGCAGCCGGUCAGUGAGAAGAUCGAUAUGGGGCGGAUCAUCGAUAAUAUGAUACGGCUCGGGGCAGGUCAGUCAUUCGCAAGCAACCCGAAGAACAACUGGCUCGAGCCCGGGCCGGCAAAGGUGAUGCGGCUGAUGGAAGCAUCGAUAUGGGAUGCUGCAAGGGCCCGAUGGAAGCGACAGCGUAUCAAGAAGUGGCUUCGAGACUUGCGGCUGCUGCGGGAGACGCUGCUCGUGCUCGUACAUACGUGGGGUGGGCUCCCGGGAAGGGGACCGGAAAUCACGACGCUGCGGCACUGCGAUUCGUGGCAGCUGAUCCGGAAUAUAUUCAUAAUGGACGGGCAUGUCAUGAUCGUGACCGACCGAGACAAGAUGAAGGCAAUCCGUGACAACGGCCGGAAGGUAGCACGGUUUGUCCCCGACCGGAUUGGGCGGAUGAUUGUGGCAUAUAUCGCAUGGCUGCUUCCGACCGAGAGGGUACUGCGGCGGGAGUGUCAGCUUGCCGAGCCGCGUGGAGAGCAGCUCGAGUAUAUGUGGAGGGAUGGCAGCUCGCCGGUAUGGGAAACCGACCGGCUUAGCAGGAAGCUUGCUCGCAUCAUGCAGGCCGGGACGGGGGUCAGGUUAGGGGUGGGACGAUAUCGGGCGAUCGCGAUCGAGAUGGGGCGGAGGAUUCGAGGGCUUGUGAUGAAGCAGCUAGAAGGUAAGAUGGAUGAUGAGGAUGAGGAUGAUAACGUCGAGAUCGAUCCGAUCACAGGUGAGCCGGUUGACUGUGGAGGAAGCUGGAAUAUCGUGUGGGAUUUGCAGUCGACGCACGGAACACGGAUUGCGAGGCAGCACUAUGCCGUACAUAUCGGCUUCCCGGGUAAGCUGCAACCGGAGAUGAUCGCGACAUUCAAGGAGAUCAGCAGGCUGUGGCAUCAGUAUUUAGAGGGAAGCAGUGCAGAGGGAGAGGGGGGUAUAGAGAAGACGGCGGUGAAGCGUAAGCGGGAUAGUCAAGUGACGGGGCAGCAACAGCAGCAAAGGGCUAAUAGUUCAAACCGAGAAACUAGCCGCAAGCGGAGAAAGACGAAUAAGGAGGGAGAGGCGGCUCAGAAGAGGAAGAUAAUAGAGGACGAGAUGACGGAUGGGCUGCGAAGGCUGCUUGGACCGAAGGCGACUUGGCGAUCCGACAAGCAGGCUGAGUGCAUGCGAUCGAUCAUGGCACUCAAAGCAGAUCAGACGGCGAUCAAUGUGCUAUCCUAG